AUGGUAGAAGAAAGCCCAACCAAUGGCCCAAUAAAAGGUGUUUUAAAGAAGAAAUACGGUUUUGAAGGUGCAUGGAAACCAUGUUUCUGUGAGUUUAGCAGUGGUGAAUUGAAAAUUCACUCUGGACUCGAAGAUUCUCCGGUAGAAACUACAAUUAAGAUCACACCCUCAACAGUUAUUCACAUAGUUAGGGAUACUCUUCCCACUCGUUUCACUAUUGAACUCGAAAAUGAUAAAAUUUACAUGUUUUCUACAGAAAAUUCGCAAGAUACUAAUUUAUGGGUACACAAUCUUCGUUCAGAAACAUAUAAUGGAGAACGCUUAUCAAUGGACGACUUUAAUAUCAUAUCUGUCCUUGGAAAAGGAAAAUAUGGAAAGGUUAUGCUUUGUGAAAAGAAAGGAACUGGCGAAAAAGUUGCCAUUAAGUCAGUUAAGAAGAAACAAAUCCAAAAAUCACAGAAUUUCAAAGCAAUCUUAUCAGAAAGAAAUAAUUUGAUGCGUACAAAUUUUCCUUUUAUUGUUCGUAUUAAGUUUGCAUUCCAGACAUCAACAAAAUUUUACAUAGGCAUGGAAUAUAUACCAGGUGGCGAAUUAUAUCAUAUCCUUUACAAUCAUGACAUCAAUUUUUCCGAUUGUAAGCUAUAUCUUGCCGAAAUUGCCCUAUCAUUACAAUAUUUACACUCUCGUGGUAUAGUUUAUCGCGAUCUUAAGCUCGAAAACAUUAUGAUUGCUGCGGAUGGCCACAUAAAAUUAGUUGAUUUCGGUCUUUCGAAAGAUUUAUCGAUAUCUAACGAGACAUCUACAUUUUGUGGAACAAUACAUUACGUUGCUCCUGAACUAAUCCUUCAGAGGCCAUACAGUUAUCAAAUUGACUGGUGGGCUUUCGGAAUUAUCGCUUGCGAGAUACUUUUCGGAGAAUGCCCAUUCUAUGAUGCAAAUAUGACUGUCGAAAUGGAGAAAAUUUUGAAAGAACCUCCGAAUUUUCCAGAAGAUGGAGAUGACGUGACAAAAGACUUCAUUUCGAAGUUCCUCAUCAAGAGACCAUCAAAGAGAGCUAAACUUGAGGACAUGAUCAAGCAUCCGUUCUGGGAUGACUUAGAUUUCAACAAAGUUCUCGAAAAAGGUUAUAAACCAGAGUUUAUGCCAAAAAUUAACGAUGUAAAAGAGAAUUUUGACAAAGAAUUCACUGAUUGUCCAGCAAUUGACUCUUUCUGCAGCCCUGUGAAUGAUUCUAAGUUAGAUAUUUCUGGUUUCUCUUUUUCUGAAGACGAAGAAGAGGAAAUCAUGCCUUCUUCAAUCUUGACUCUUGAUUUUAUAGAUCCUCAGAUAUAA